GCGCGGCCCCCACCGCACGCCGACGAAAUGAGUUUGAAGUUUCCCCACUUGGCAGCGGUCAUCUUCCCCCGCCAUGCGCGUGCUCUUGCUCUGCGUGUGCACGACCGCGUGGAUGCUGGCCGCGCACGCCGCCGACGGCCGCCGAAGCCGGCACCGACACCGGGAGGCCGGCCGGCCCGGCCCGGAGACGGGGAGACCGAGGGGGGAGGAGGUGAGGGGGGCCGCGGUGCUCCCCCGAUCGGAGCCCCCCGGGAAGGGGAGAUGGGGCGCGUGUGCAGCUCUGGCAGCCAGGAUGAGGACCACGGCGUGCACCAAGGAGCGUUGUCCUCCUCGUUGCCGCGGCUCCUCCCGGUGUCCAAAAGCCCUCUGCUUGGUUUCCAAGGUGACGGGAUCGCCUGCCAAUCACCUUGCCCGGCCCGCAUCUUCCGGUUCUUCGCAAUUGGAGCGCUCCGGCGCGUCCGCAAAGCUUGCGACUGGACCAAAGCGGAACGCUUUUCGACCCGCUCCUGAGAAUCCGCCUGACCCCACUGAACUCCUGCAGGGAAACACGAGCGUGUCUUCGAGCUCUCAGGAAGGUCUGGAGGCCUCUGAGGCUUCAUCUUCGAGUCCUAACUCAAGUCCUGAAUCUGAGGACUUUUCACCGUCCUUCAAGCUGUCGAGCGGAACCAAGUUGAAGGCGGUAGCAGCAAAAAAGAGUUUUCUCAGUUUGCGCGAGGCUCAGGCCGUACUCAUGAAGAAGAUGGCGGGGGGGAAACGAGACAAGUUGGCCGGUGCCCUCAUGAAGCAUAUCGAGAAGGAGAAGAAGAGACUCGGCGUUGGGACGUCCUUUUCCCACCAAGGCAACGUCACCCUACACAGCGAUGCACCCGCAGUUGUGUGCCGUCUGCUGUGUAAGAACGGAGGGGUGUGUCUGCUGAAGGAUCGAUGCCUCUGCCCUUCAAACUUUACCGGAAAGUUCUGCCAGAUUCCCGUCACGUCGCAAGCCACGCCCUCAUUCACCUCGCCCAAUGAAAUCGUCAAGCCUCCCCGCGUAUCAGUCGCGGCGCCCGGAACGGAUCUGACCCGCUCGGAGUUUCUGCUGCCACUCAGGGGUCAGAACCAGGACCUAGCGGGCGGAGCAGCCGGAGCGUCCCUGGUGAAGGUCAGGGUCCAGCACCCCCCUGAAGCCAGCGUGAAGGUUCAUCAGGUGAUGAAGGUGUCUGGAUUCAUGCCCGCCCCGCAACCGCUCUCGUCCGGCGCGCUGUCUGGGUCCGCGGGGGCUCCGGCGCCGGUGGACAGCGGUGUCCGGGCCCAGACGCUCGGGGAAGAGGGCGUCUACGCCCAACACGUCGGCUUCAAGUACUGCUUCAGGGAGGUCAAAGACGGACAGUGCAGUUCUCCUCUGCCGGGCCUGAGGAGCAAAGAGAUGUGCUGCCGAGGUCUGGGAAAGGCCUGGGGCUCCAGCGACUGCACCCUCUGCCCUCCGCACAAAGGUCGAAACAACAGCACCUGUCCUGUUGGCUUUCAGCCAAGCAACGGAACCAAAUGCCUUGACGUGGACGAGUGCCUGCAGCCCGGCCUUUGUGAGAACGGCCUGUGCGUGAACACGGCGGGGAGUUACAGUUGCGUUUGCGAGCCGGGCUACAUCUUGGAUGCCUCGCACGGACUCUGCAUCUCCCAGAGUGUGAUAUCUGAGGAGAAGGCUCAGUGCCAUCGUGUCCUGGGCUCAGGUCUGGGCCCGUCCUCCUGCUCGCUGCCCAUCCUCAGGAACGUCACCAAACAGAUGUGCUGCUGCAGCCGAGUCGGCAAGGCCUGGGGGCCCCAAUGCCAGCGCUGUCCCUACUUGGGCUCGGCGGCUUUCAAGGAGAUCUGCCCCGCCGGUCCGGGCUACCACUACUCCGCCUCCGUCCUCCAGUUCCGCCAAAGAGCUGCGGAUCAACUCGGCACCCAAGGAGCUCGGCUGGUCACCCAGCCGACCCGCCCAAAACCAACCGCGGCUCCUGUAAGAUGGCCGCCGCCAUCCAACGAGAGUCAAGAUACAGGCCGCGACCAAGGAACUGCAGGGAGUCAAGGCAGCAAGCAGAACCAAGUCGCCGACGGGAGUCAAGGCAGCAAGCAGAACCAAGGCAUCGGCAGGAAUCCAGGCUCAAGUCAGAACCAUAACACGAGCGGACGCCAGGGCUCGAGUCAGAACCUAGACGGGAGCUGGGACCGACGUACCGACGGGAGUCGAGACACGACCAAGAACCAAGUCACGGGUCACGAGCAAGGGAUGAGCAGAAGCCAAAUCCCCAAUCGGAGUCAAGGCACGAGACUAGGUCAAGGGGUCAGCAUCAGCCAAAGCUCGAGCGCAAAGGAGGCCACCAAACAAAGCCCAAGCGGCGGCGGAAGCCCGGUCACCCAUCGAAACCAAGUCGCAGGUGACGACCGAGGCCCCGACGGGAGCCGAGACACCGGCGGAGGUCCGAGUUCUACCUGGAACCGAGGAACAAGUGCGAGUCAAGGUCUUCUCCCAGGAAGAGGAGGUUCCCUCCCGGAACCGGCUCCACGGAUCCCGGAGCCAGACUCCGGGCCCAGGGGAGAUCUCUUGAGGCCGCAGACGACCGCCCGGCCGCCCCACGUGAAGCUGCGAAGUGCGUGUGAGAGCAAAGCGGACGCCUGUGGCGGCGGUCGCUGUGUGGAUCAGCCGGGUGGCAAACACUCGUGCGUGUGUCAUCAAGGGUACAAGGCCAAUGCCCAGCGUACGCACUGCCACGAUGUGAACGAGUGCGUUGCGUCUCGAGGUGUGUGUGCUCCAGGUGAGUGCGUGAACAAUGCAGGCAGCUACCGAUGUGUUUGUCCACCUGGAUACAAGACGGACGCUCAGAAGACUCGCUGUCAAGACGUAAAUGAGUGUGAGGAUCCCCUGCUGUGUCCUGGUCAGGAAUGCAAAAACAAUCCUGGUUCGUACCGCUGCGUGUCCUGUCAACCGGGAUUCGGACUUCUGAAUGGACUGUGCACAGACAUUGACGAGUGUGUUCAAGCUCCGUGCUCCAACGGGGGCUGUGAAAACACUCUGGGAAGCUUCCGAUGCCUCUGUCGCCAUGGUUACAAGCUCAACAACAACACUUGCGCAGACAUAGACGAGUGCUCCGAUGUGUCUCAGUGUCCAGGUCAGUUAUGUGUCAAUUCUGUGGGCUCGUAUCGUUGUGUGUCCUGCCGCCCAGGAUACACACUGACUAACAAACAGUGCACAGACGUGAACGAGUGUGAGGACGCAGCGUUGUGUCCAGGCGGGCAGUGUGUCAAUACCAAGGGCUCCUACAAGUGUGUGGACUGUCGCCAAGGUUACCGGGCUACGAAUGGAGUGUGUGAAGACGUGGACGAGUGUCUAAAUGAGUCCGCUUGCGAGCCGGAGCGCGCUUGCGUCAACACCGCCGGCUCGUUCCGCUGCGACUGCCUACCGGGGUAUCGAACCUUCGGUCGAGGGAGACCGUGUCGAGACAUUGACGAGUGUCUGGAGGAGAACUGGUGCCCCCCCGCAGGACAGUGUGUCAACACGCCGGGCUCGUUCAAGUGCCUGUGUCCUCAAGGAUACGCGCCGGGCGAAGGCCACCGCGCCAACAACAAAACCUGCGUCGACGUGAACGAGUGCGAGAGGGCCGACGUGUGCGGCGACGGCGAGUGCGUCAACACCCAAGGAUCCUUUGCGUGCCGAUGUCGGCGGGGAUUCGUCAGCAACCCGGAGAGCCCGGCCUGCCUUGACGCGGACGAGUGCGCGUCGUCCGGCGGCUCCGUCUGCGCAGAAUCCGAGCGCUGCGAGAACACCGUGGGCUCGUACCGCUGCCUGACUUCCUGCGAGCCGGGCUUCCGGGCCUCGGCCGACGGACGCUGCCACGACGUGGACGAGUGCGCCGAGGGAUCGGCCUGCGGCCUGCACGCCGUCUGUCAGAACGAGGCGGGGACGUACGUGUGCGUGUGCGACCCGGGCUUCGCCGCCGCGCCCGACGGGAACUCCUGCGAAGACGAGGACGAGUGCGCGUCCAUGCCCGGCGUGUGCGGUUGGGCUCGCUGUGACAACCUGGAAGGCUCGUUCAUGUGCGAGUGCGACACGCCGGGGGAACGCUUUGACGCGGCCGCUCGACGAUGCGUGAGCCCGCCGCCGGCAGAGACUUUCCCCCUGCGCCCUUCCUUGACCUCGACCUCGACCUCGUCCCCCUUCCGCGCCAGCGCCUUCGAGUUGCCGGCGCCGCGUCCGGGCGAGCUGCGGGAGUGCUACUACAACGUGGGCUCGUCGUCGUGUAGCCUGCUGGCAGCCAACGCCAGCCAGCAGGAGUGCUGCUGCACCCUGGGGGAGGGCUGGGGACUGGGCUGCAGGUACCUCGCCUGCCCCCCCGUCGACUCAGCCGACUUCCUGUCGCUGUGUCCCAGCGGGAGAGGAUACGUGAGCGCCGGGGAGGCCGACUUCAGCUACACAGAUGUGGACGAGUGCAAGCGCUUCCAUCCGCAGGUGUGCAAGAACGGCGUUUGUGUCAACAACAUUCCCGGUUACAACUGUUACUGCUCCAGCGGAUUUGUUUACAGCGUCGCGCUACUCGAGUGUGUCGAUCUGGACGAGUGCGAGCAGGAGAGUUGCGAGGGAGGCUCGUGCGUCAACACCCUGGGUUCUUAUUAUUGCAGCUGCUCACCGCCUCUCGUGCUGGACGACAUGCAACGAAAGUGCGUCAACGCCUCUCACCUCCCCCCCGAUGAGAACUUGUCGGUGUGCUGGCAGACGGUGAGCGCCGAGCUGAUGUGCCAGAGUCCCCUGUUGGGGGCGCAAGUCACCUUCAGCGACUGCUGCUGUCUCUACGGCCAGGGCUGGGGCAUGGAGUGUGCGCUCUGCCCGCAAACCGACUCCGAUGACUUUGGCAGCCUCUGCAGCUCCUUCCCUGCUGUCGUCUUCCCUGACCCGGAAGCGCUUGGACCAGAAAGAGGGCCGCCCUUCUUCCCCCCGUUCGGCAGCGACGCCUUCCCCCCGGAUGCUCUCGCCGCCACCGACUACGACGACUACACUCCAGGAGGGGGCGGCAACUUCGUUUUCCCGGGUGGGUCGGCGCCGGCCGACGCCUACCCCGGCCCCCGGCACUUUGACGAGGCUUAUUACCCGGGGCCAGCCUACGAGGAGCCGCCGGCGUUCGGAGUCGGACGGCAGGCUCCACCGUCGCCGGGCGAGUCGCCACUCAACUUGGCCCCGCUUGCGCAAGGCUCUCCUUUUGACGAGGACGAGGAAGGCGACUCCUGGGGACCCGGACCGCCGCCCCCGCCCAGGAGGCUGUAUGAGCGCCGCUACGACGCGUACGCCGGACUGAGCGCGGCGGACGAUUGCGGGAUUGUUGACGGCUGCCGAAACGGCACGUGCAUCCGCCUGGACGAGGGCUACACCUGCGACUGUUACCACGGUUACCGGCUGGACGCCACCACCAUGACGUGCAUCGAUGUCAACGAAUGCCAGGGCGGCGUGGACGUGGACUUCCCCUGCAUCAACUCGCGCUGCGUCAACACGGACGGCUCCUUCCGCUGCGUAUGUCGGCGCGGCUACGUCAUGUCGCGCAGGCUCAACCACUGUGUGCUUGCCUAGACCGGACCGGAACGGAACGGAAGGAAGCAGCCCACAGCGGUGUGGAGGCGCUCGGACUUUAGCUGGACUCCAAACGGCUUCGGGAAGUCUGAGCGGCGGUCCGACUUCAGCCGGAGCUUAGUCUUAGCGUUUCUGUUCGCCUGGUUAAGACGCUUCUGGAAGCACAAUUUGCUUUCUUUGUCGGUUUGAGUUUUUCAACCGUGACACUAAAAGUAAACCUAAAAAGAAUGAAUUGGCGUCACUAUUUUGGAUUUUGUCAUUCGGUGAAUCCGUUCCAACAAGUAAAGUUAGCUAGCAGUCACGGCCAGAUGCUAACGGGGCAAAACGCUGCUCCAAAACAGUUUGGACGGUCUAACGAUGCAGGACAAAAGUUCCAUGUGUCAUUGACUCAAUUCUCGCUUUGUCUGAAGACAUGAGGAAAGGGGUGUGGGGGUGGGGGGCGCCAAAAAACAUCGGGCAGUUAGCAGCGAUUUGUUUUGAGCGCUCAGCAUUUAUCAGCGCAAUCGUCUGUUAGUGGAUUUUUGUAGUUGCCUUGUUAUACCUUUUGAUAUUUGCAUUCUACUCAUUCCAAAUAGGAAUGCGUGUGUCGAUGAGAUUUUGUGUGCGUGUUGGUGCCAAAAGGGUCACAGCUCCUGUACCAGACCUGUAAAUAUUUCAUCCAAUUUCAAAUUUGACCCUUAGCGUGUCACUUGCUGCAUUUUAUGAGGCUGAACUCAACUCGCUCUCCUAAUUGGCAUGCCACUUGACACCGUUGAUUUGUUUUCCACCUCGUGUCAACAAGCGUGUCUGAUGUGGAGCGUGAGUGAGGGUGCGAUUGGGAAACAAAUUGCCUUUCGACAUGAAAUGUGCCUUGGUCAAACCUCAACUUGACCACAUUCCAAUGUGAAAGUUGCCACAUUAAAAUGAGAUCCGAA